AUGAGCAGCGGAACUGAGCUGGAAGAGGUCACGCAACGGAAGAAGGCUCCGACGGCUCAGAAGGGAGCGCACAUAAUUAGAUGCGGAGAAGGGGAAGAGUUCGUCGUGAUCGACAGCCGUGAUCAGAAGCUGCAAAGGCCUUAUCAGGGGUACUUUGCAUUUGUCCUUAACUACCUUGAGUUAGUCCUCAACUACUUGGAGUUGGUCUUGAGGUACUUGGCAUUUGUCCUUUACUUUGAGUUAGUCCUCAACUACUUGGAGUUGGUCUUCAGGUACUUGGCAUUUGUCCUUAACUACUUUGAGUUAGUCCUCAACUACUUGGAGUUGGUCUUCAGGAACUUGGAGUUUGUCCGCAGGUACUUGUUCUGUUUCUCAGGCAUUGCAGAAGAACUGGAAGCGAUUGAGCUCGAGGAUCCUCAGGGGAAAUCAGGGUCGACACCCGCCUCCCACUUCGUCGCGCAGGUCACCAAGCCCGUGCGCAAGCCUCACGCGGAAGGUGCGGAGAGCGAGGACGCCACCGUGGCCGCCGCAGCGGAGCCGAAGGCCGGUGAACGAGAGCUGCUCGGUGGGAGCGGGUGGGCCGAUGCCUCACUGGUCGGUGGGGUGCAGACGGAGCGGGUUCAAGCGCCGGUGGCUUCCAUCGGACUGCCGCAUGGCGCACGCCACCUACAGCGGGACUCUCAGUGCGAAGAUGGACGCUCGGUGCGAGCUGAGUCCAAGAAGACGUGGCCUGAGGACCGUGGAGGCCUCAGCCCCGAGAAGCUGGUGAAAGCGAAAGAGGACCGGACCGAGUCGGGUGGAUACUUCUUGCUGCGCGGCCUCGAGCGUGUGAUUCGCCUGCUCAUCAUGCCGCGUGCCAACUACCCCAUGGCCAUCAAUCGCCCCUCCUACCAGAACCGUGGCAAGCUCUACACCCAGCAUGCGGUUCUCAUGCGCUGCAUGCGCCAAGAUGGGAACCCUGGCAUGGAGAAUGGACCUGGAGGGACCUGGAGAGACCUGCUGUUCCAAGCCAAAUCACUUGAUGUAUGUUUAACAAAUGAGCUGGUGUUCUGUUUUUAA